GAACCGGCUGACACGAGCACAAGGACAUCUUCUGCUUUUUUUGCUCACUAACCUCAACUUUUUAACAGCGCGGCGCGUCUGCGCUUCUCACGGGAGACUUUAGCUCAAUUUUAGACACAUAUUCAUAGACAUUUGUGUUUUUUUGUUCUCGUUGUGCGUUUGUGAAUAGCCUGUAUCACGUGUAUUACAUGCUGAGCGAUUAAGUGCGCAGGUUCAUUUGAAUCUAUUCAUUUGGCGAUUUUUAUUUCUAUAUUCGAGCCACAUAUGGACAUACCGAGGGAUAGUUUCUGCUUUAAACCUCUCGACAUGAGAUGAAACCCAGAGGAGAUGCUAUAUAUACUGAAUAACGAAAAGAAGAGGACGCGCUAUUUGGGCACAUGAAUUGGACACACAUCACAUGCGCGGAAUAUAAAGAGGCGAAUAGACACACACUGGUUAUGGUUUUUAUGAGCCUUUCGUUUCAGGAUUGCUCAGAAUGCUUAAAUUGUAAGCCAUCAGCUUAAAUGUAUAAUAUAGGAAUAUAGGAGAGAUAAUGCAGGCAUGCUGAAUCAUGUAUUGUGCAGUUUUGUAACCAUACUGUAAGGGAGGUGUUAUAGUGGAUAUUAUAUACAGAUAAGGUUUCCUGUUAUAGGCUAUUUAAGCAGAUGAUGGUGGCACACUAAACCCAUUAACACCCAAAUGGCUGACAUGGCAUAUAUGCAGUAUAGGAUAUAAAAUAAUCUCUGUUCUCUUGGCAUUAGGGUUCAAUGUUGGAAUCUGUUUGUGUGGCAUAAUUUGUUAAUUAGCAUUAGUAGUUUAUAAGUCUUAAUUUAGAAUACAAGAAAAGACGGGACACUUCAGAGACUGUAAUCAGCAGCUAUAGCACUUUUGCAUUGUGCAUCUCCAUUGCUUUCCAGCCCCUAAGUGGCUUGUUAUUAUAGCAGUUAUUGUAGUAUUUCUAGUAUUAUGGACACCAAUCACAUGGAUGAUGGUUCCUCCAGCAAUGGCAUGGAGAUGGAGAUCAUGCCUGGCUAUAUGGAGUUCAUCACCAGAGCUUAUUCAGUCAUGUUCAGUGCCUUUAGAGACUGUAAAGACUGCGGACUGGAGCUGUCCAGGAGAACCUUGCUGGAUCAUGCAUACAUAUCCUGGAUGGAGAUCUUCAUGUUCCUCAUGUGCGCGGUCAUGUGGACGAAGGUGCGCAGGGGACUGACCAUGUACGUCUUUGAGCCUUUUGCACAAUGGUGUUGCAUCCAACCAAAAGAUGUCUCAAAGAUGCCAGAGAGUGCGUGGAAGCUGGUCUUCUACACAAUGUCGUGGUCAUACAGCACAUACCUUUUGUUUUUCACUAGCUAUUCCUUCUUUCAAAACCCCCCAUCUGUGUUUUACGGUAAGCUUCAUACCUGAUGCAUGUCCUGUUUUUGUAAGUAAUAAUUGUUUUUUUAAACCCUGUCAGGCCUGUAUAACUCAACCCUUGAUUUCUUAC